AUAAACGCCUGAAGACACCAGUUUAGGGUUUUACCGCCCUCAGCCACACGCAGAGUCUAGAGAGAGAGCGAGAGAGAGAGAGGAGAGAGAAGAUGCCGGCGGGGCACGGUCUUCGGUCGAGGACGAGGGAUCUGUUCUCUCGACCGUUCAGGAAGAAGGGAACGAUCCACCUGUCGACGUACCUGAGGACUUACCACAUCGGAGACUACGUCGACAUCAAGGUAAACGGCGCCGUUCACAAGGGCAUGCCCCACAAGUUCUACCAUGGGCGCACCGGUCAGGUCUGGAACGUCACCAAGCGCUCCAUAGGUGUCGAAAUGAACAAGCAGGUAGGGAACAGAAUAAUUAAGAAGAGGAUCCAUGUGCGCGUAGAGCAUGUUCAGCCUUCAAGGUGCACCGAGGACUUCAAAUUGAGGAAAAAGAAGAAUGAUGAACUCAAGGCAGAGGCCAAGGGAAGAGGUGAGAUCAUUAGCACAAAGAGGCAGCCAGAAGGCCCUAAACCUGGUUUUAUGGUGGAAGGUGCAACCUUGGAGACUGUUACUCCUAUUCCGUAUGAUGUUGUCAAUGAUCUUAAGGGUGGUUAUUAGGUUGACUUAUGGAUUUCUUGUUUCGGUUAUGCGCUCUGAAUGUCUGAAAACUGGUUCUUGUUUGAAGUCUUUAUUUUUAUGUUGGUUUUGAGGACUUGUUAUUAUGAGUUAAACGUAGACACUGGUGCUAUUCAAGUUUUGCAAAUCAAAGAGAUGGUUUUGGCUGAAA